AUGGCAAGACACCACAAGAGGGUUUUGGAGCAUCAGGAGAACGGGGCCUCAGUGGAUGACGCCGUGGACCUCUCAAUUGAGGACGUGGAGAGCGACAAUAAGAAAGAGGAUUAUGAGAACGAGGAUGUGGGUGACAGGAGGAAACAGCUGAGCUCACCUGAAGUCGAGAGAUUUGUGGAGUCUGUGUUGAGGAUGGAGCGUAAGGUGAAAGACAAAGGCUCACCUGACAAGAACACUCCAAAGAAAGGUAAAACCGAGAAACUGAGGGACAAGAAAAAGAGAAAAAAGGAAAAGAGAAGGAGAUCCAGUACGAAUGAACGAGGGCCUGAUAUCAACGAGACUCGAAAGGAGGAUACUAGUGUCUUUUCUUCGGGCGAGGAGGAAAUUGAAAUUGUGGAUGAGAAGGAGCUGGAAGCUCGUCAAUUGCGUAAACGUCGUCCUUCUCAUGGCGACCUGACUCAAAGCUCGCCUCUCAAGGCUAAGAAGGCUAGGAGAUCGCGCAAGAGAUCUCUUUCAGAUACUAAUGAAGAUGGAGAAAACGCUGAACUAGUGAAAAAAGAUUUGCCCGAAAAGGACGUGAUGCAGGGUGGAGAGUUUGAGGCGGAAGAAAAGGCGAAGAGCUCUCCCAAGAAAAGUACUGCCGAGAAGGCUGUUAAGAAGCACAAAGGCAAGAGGAAGUCCAAGAGUGAGCCCGAGAAGGAUAACUCAUUUGAGCGGGACGAGGAACUGGCUAAUUUUCAGGAUGCUCUUAAGGUUGAUGGUGCAAAUCAUAAUGGCAACGUGUCUGAUGGUGAAGCUGAAAUUGGUCAAGACGCAAAUUCAGAGGCGGUCGAGGCAGAGGACGGUGCAGGGAAUGCUGAAUCCGAUGCAGAGCCUGUCGAUGGCUCGGAGGAUGAAGAAUAUGACAAGAAGGCUGAUAUUGCUAAUGAGGAUGUUGAUACUGUGGAGGAAGAUGUUGAAGAGAUCAGUGAGCGAGCAGAUUUGGGCUUCGAGUUGAAGGAUGUCAGGAGAGCAAAUCGCCCUGGCCGCACUAGACAAACGAGGAGCUCUUUUAGGAGAGAAACAAGACCAAAAGUUGAGACGGGUAAUUCUGAUGAGCCUAUCGAAUUAGAAAGCUCCAGCGAAGACGAUGAUAUGUUCGAGAAGGGCGACAACGUGAUCGAGAUCGCAAGUGAUAGCGAUGAAGAUGCCGAGGAAGAGUCGAGGAAGAUCCCACGUACUACUUCUGAUGGACCGCGUUCUGAGAUACAACUUCUCUCGAAUUUUGGCCACGAGCUAUCAUCGUCACUGGAAACAAGUCCUGAUAUCAAUACAGACACUGUGAGUGUACACGAACUCUUGGGCGAUCCAUACCUCGUCGAGUCUGUUCAGUUUAACUUCAAUGUUGAUGUGGAAUAUUUUUUGACGUUUCUCCAUCCUGAUUUCUUGAAGAAGCGCAGGAAGUUAACUUUCAUCACUGGCACACCCUUCCUUGCCAAUCACCCAAGGCGCAAGGAGAUUGAGGAGAAGUGUAAUAUUCGUGAAGUGAUUGCCAACCUUCCAAAUCGUUUUGCAUCUCAUCACUCAAAGAUGAUGGUGAACCAUUUCGCCAGCGGCGCAGUUGAGAUUAUAAUUCUGACAGCCAACAUCACUCAGCUCGAUUUCAGUGGUCUCACACAAGCUUGUUGGAGAUCAGGUAAGCUAUAUCCGGGGAAAACCAUAGGGUUGACUGGGAAACGCUUCCGAUUGGACCUUAUGCGUUACCUCGCUCGCUACAAACAAGAUGUCACAAACGACUUACUUAAAAAGCUUGAUCAUCUCAACUAUAGUGAUAUCAAAGUAGAGCUCGUUGCAUCUGCGCCAGGUACUUUCGCUUACGACGAUAUUCCUAAAGGAGAUGUCUAUGGUUUUGGAAAGCUUAGGCAGGUUUUGGAGAGAAAUAAUUUGUUGCUUGAUGAAAAUGAGGAGGGUAAGUACAAUGUUCUUGCCCAGAUCACGUCCAUAGCCUACCCCUUCAGGAGCAGCAAGAACAGGACCUCGUCAGUGUUCAGCCACUUGCUUUGCCCACUUUUUUUCAAAGAUUGGCAAAAGGAUUUAGCUCCUGGCGGUGACUCGUUUCAGGACCACCAAGAUGACUUCGGUUAUAAGGCGCACAUCGUUUUCCCUACUGUUGAAGAUAUAAGGCAUAGCAACUUCGGAUAUUUCAGCGGUUCAGCCAUCCACUUCAAAUACACAGAUACGGCAGUUCAUCAGGCUCAAUACGAACAGAACAUCAAGCCAUACUUGUACAAGUGGAACUAUAAGGGAACACAAACAGGUCGUGAGUUGCUGCCGCCGCAUGUCAAGUAUUAUGCUGUGGAUAAUGCUGACAACUGGAAGACCUUGAAGUGGGUGCUUGUUGGAAGCCACAAUCUCUCGAAGCAAGCCUGGGGACAGCCUUUACAACGCUCCAAUAAUCAUUACGAGGUAGGCAGCUAUGAGCUCAGUGUCUUGAUACCUGGUAACGAGAAGCAGCUUGUGCCAACUUACAAGAGAGACACCCUCGAUGAUGUUAGCAAGGAACCUAUAAGGUUUCCCUUUGCAAUCCCUCCUAUCCCCUACUCUGAUUCUGACAAACCAUGGAGUCCUGGCUUCGAUUUGGGCAAUAAGAAGGAUCGAUGGGGAAAUACCCAUCAUGGGUCCUUUGCCGUGUAA